GUAAUAUCGCAAAAAAUCCUGUGCAUUUCAGUAAAUUUGACAUUUUGUAAUCCUUUGUUGCAGGAAAGAAAAGGUCCCAGAAAUCAGAAUAGAAGGAUAGAGUAAUAUGAAAGCAGACGAAAAGAGACAACAAACCAAACCUCAUCCACCGUGGAGACUCAGUCGACCCUACAAUCAUCAAAUCCUAGCCGUCCAAUUUCCAUACCACUGAUCCUAUCGGCACCAUUAAAAAUAAAACUCUUGUGCGUUAAGCGACAACUACACGAUUUACAAGAACAACAACUAACAACAAACAAUAUACCAGAAGAAAACGAAGCGAAUCUCUCUCUUUCUAUCUUUCGCUUUCUCAUUCUUCCUUUUAAAUUUUAUCUCUGUGUAUCGUAUUCUGUGAUUUCAGUUUUUUGAAGUUAUAAACAACGAGAAGAUUGGUGAAGUUGAUUGAUUGGUGAGUUUGUAAACAGAGGAGAAAUGGAAGAAGGUAAGAAGGAGGUGCAGAGUAUUCUCGUUAAUGGCUUCUCUCCGGUCACUUCUACGCCUGUUUUCUGGAAAUCUCGCAAGAGAGCAGCAGCUUUAUGGUUGCAGCUAGUAUGAAGAAUUUGUACAAGGACAAUAUUAAAGACUCAACUGAAGAUAAAGAUAAAAUAAACGAGCACAAUAACGAUAACAAUAACAAUAAAGAUGAUUCCAUUGAUGAGAAAAUGGAAGAAACAAGUAUACUUUCAGAGAAACGUAAGGCUCUGUUUGAACCUCUUGAACCAAUAAUGGAUUUGAAUGGGAGAAGACCUUCAGCUGAAUCCUUACUUCCCCCACCCGACUUUGACUCUGCCAGUUACCCUCGCGGAUGGCUCAUUGGGAAGAAACGAAAGCUUGUAAACGUUGACGUUGUUGAAAGCAUGCGCAGGAUUGCCGUACAAGAAAUGAACAGAAAGGAUAGAGAGAUUGAUGGGCUAAACGAGCAGUUGGAAGAGGAUUCGCGUGUGCUUGAACAUCUUCAGUUGCAGUUACUAGAUGAACGAAGCAAGCGUAGUGAUGUUGAGAGACAGAAUGCAAUGUUGCAGAAUCAGGUUGAUAUGCUUAUGAAUAUGCUUCAAGAACAUGAGAACUUGGAAGAUGAUGAAAUCCCACAAGAUCCUUAGUUUAGUGUACUUUUAUUUUUUUUGUUAUGAUGAUAUUAUUUCAUUUGGCGUUGUUUGUGAGUCUGAUAUAAUAUAUACAAAUUACAAGCAUACGUGUCAUCCAGAAUAACUGAAAUAAAUACAAAAAUAUCAUACCAUCUCCAAUGGAGUAAAGAGUGAUUCAUCUCCAACCCAUUAAUACCAAUUUUUACAUCAAAAAUAAUAUUCCAAAGAUAUAUUCUAUCAUGGAGAGAGUGAAGAACACAAACAUAUAUAUACAUCAUAAUCAAAAGCUUAGAUAACUUCAACACUUUACAAAAGCUACCUCAAUCUCCAUAAUAUACUCUUUUUUUUUAAUCUUUAUCUACUUUGAUUCCCAAAAUCAUCCAAGUUGAAAAAGA